UCAGAUCAUAAGAUUGCAAAAGGAGAAAAAACGUUAAACAGAUUAGACUCGUGAUUUUCCUUUUUGCAGGAAGAUAAGUAAAUUUAUAUUAGUUUACUUGUGUCUUUCCAUAUGACACAUCUACUUUUACCUAAGGGUUCCUUCCUGGGCCUUCAUUAACAUAGAUAUCAUGCAUUGUCAAAUAGAUUAGAGACUUGAAUUUAUUCACAGGAUGUAUGUUAGAUGGUCGCCCUAGGUGAUGUUCUUAGCAACAUAAAAAUCUGUCUUCAGUGGUUUUUAGGAUUAUAUUUUUAAGUGUGUUUAAGGGAUGGGAUGAUUCGAAAAGGUGAAUAAUCCUGAUGUCAUAUCUGUAACACCCUAGAGGAAAUUAUGGUAGAUAUAACAGACUUUAGCAGAAACCAUUAUUCCUUUGUUAUUGUAAUAUUUUAGCUGGUAGAGAGCUUUAUUAUGGCAUUCCAUGUCUGUUAUGAAAACAGUCAUUUACAAGUUAAUUUUUGGUAUAUAUGAGCACUCGCUCUAUGGGAGGGGACACAUAGUAUUUAAUUGUUUUUGAGCCAAAACAAAUCUCAGCAUAGCUAAAUUAUUGUCAUCUUUUAAGAAAUGGGACACACUUCCUGUUUUUCCUUGAAAAUAGACAGGUUUCUUUGAUUUAAUAUGACAUUGUGGUUUUUUAACUUGACCACAGUUCAGAUGUUUUCACUAGUGGUCACCUGGUCAAGGGGAAGCUGAAAAAUUAGUGAUGUUUCUGUGGCUAGAUCUGGCAAAGGAGUCUUCAGUGGUUUACAAGCAUGAUGGCAUUUCAACAGGGUGUAAAGAAAUUUCCUUUGAUUUGGUUAUGGUUGAUUACAGUCUUCUUAGCUGGUGGUGUAAUCAUCAACUGUGUUCAGUUUCUUUUGUUACCACUAUGGCUCAUAAAGAAGGAUCUGUUCAGAUGGCUCAAUUUGAAUUUGGUCUACCUACACUGGUGCCAGUUAACUUUCCUUGCGGAUAGGUGGUCUGGUAUGGAUAUCAAGCUGUAUGGAACAAAGGAAGACUUUGACAAACUUGGAAAAGAGAGUGCUAUCUGUUUCGCAAACCAUCGCAGUGAUGUUGAUUGGUUGAUUGGAUACACACUUGCUGAAAGAGUAGGAGUGCUGGCGACCUGUAAGUGCUACAUGAAGGGCUACUUGAAGUUUCUACCAAUAAUGGGAUUCUCCUGGUGGUGCACAGAGUUUGUUUUCUUACAACGAAACUGGCAAAAGGACAGAAGAUUACUUGAACAGAGUCUCAACACUCUUCAAGAUUUCCCAUUUCCAUUUUGGAUGGCCAUUUUUGCUGAAGGAACAAGGCUGACAGAGGCUAAAGUACAGGCUAGUGUGGAAUAUGCCAGGGCAAAUGGUCUUCCGGAACUAAAACAUCAUUUAUUACCGCGAUCAAAGGGGUUUUCUGUCACUGUCCAGUAUCUUAAGGACAAAGUCCCUGCUGUAUAUGACUUGGAAGUUGCUUUUCCCAAAGGAAAGGAACCAAGCUUGAUCAGUAUGCUAACGGGAGAAGCUGAAGAGGUGCACCUGUGGGUUAGGAGAAUUCCAAUUCAAGACAUUCCAUGUGGCGAUAUUGAGGAAACUUCCAAGUGGUGCAGAAAGGCCUUCCAAAAAAAGGACGAAGGAAUGGCUUACUUCGUUGAACAUGGUAAAUUUCCAGCAGAAAGGAUAGAUUGCGCCAAGGGAAAGCGAAGUCUCGUCGUGACUAUUUUAUGGAACAUACUUUUGGGUGUUCCACUGUUGUGGUAUAUCUUGUCUGUAUUGCUGUCUGGCUCCAUUACUUCACUCUUAAUUGCUGCCAUAAUUGCUCUAGUGGGUUUUAUCGUGAUUAAAGUUCUGCUGCACUUCAGUGACUCCAAGAAAGGUAGCAGUUUUGGGCUAAAGCCCUCUAAUGGUACAAGAAGCAGUACCCCACCAAAUGGCGACACGGCAAAGAAGUUAGCUUAGAUCAUGUUAUGCCAAUAUUCAAAUUAAUUUACGAAGUUGAUCAGGGAUCGUCUAAGAGAAUGUCCAAGAAUUCUUGGUAAACAUCACUUGUUACAAUUGACAACUUGUACUCAAAUUUGAAUUAUAUUUUAGUUUAUACCAAGUUCUUUCUACAUGUUUUUAAGACCUAAGAAGGGAAACGCAUAAUCCUAAAGUUUUGUAUGGUUACUUUUCUUAACAAAAACCACUGAAAACCAGGUGUUACGAUUUACGUUGCGCAUUGUGUAGGAGAAAGGAUGUAGAAAGCGAAACAUUGUUGAAUUUCAUGACUGUUGAUGACCCUUUACAGGAUUCUUUCUUUAUGGGAUAACUUCCUUGAUCUGGGAGGAAGGAAUAAAGUAGAUUCAAAGUAAUGUGAAACAAUUAUUCAGUGAUGGUAUUUCCAGCUUUGUCGAUCUCAUAAAAAUUUUUUUUGAUUUAUUUCUCGAAAGUAGAGUAUUCAUUAGGGGAAGUUCGACUUCCAACAAUUCCAAUAAAUGUUUGAUUUCUUUA